CGUAUCCCAAGCAAAAUGGCAGCUCUAAAGUUAGCAAAAGCAGUCCCCAGGGCCACUGUAAAAGACUAUGAACCUGCUGAGAGACAUAGUCAUUCUACAGUAAUAGUAGGAGACUGUCUUUAUACGUGGGGUGGGAAGAAAGAUGACCAUCCUAAAGAACACAAUAUUGAGAUAGAGAGAAGAGAUUCAUCAUUUGUGGAGGUACUUCACCUUCCGACUGGUAGGUGGGAACAGAAACCUACCACUGGUGAUCCUCCUCUGGGUAUCAUGAACUAUGCAGCUGCUGCUAUUGGGAAUGAGAUAUUCUAUUAUGGAGGACGUGGUGGCUAUGAUGAUAAUGAUCUGUACAGUUUAAAUGUUGAUACUCUCAAAUGGAGGAAAGUUGUACCUACUAAUCUUAAGGAUGGUCCUAAGAAGAAGGUUGAUUGUGGUAUGAUUGCUGUAAAGAUUGAGGGAGAAGAUUAUCUUGUAAUAAUUGAACCAUAUUCUAUUAAUAUUCAUUAUUUUAGAAUC